AGCAACGCCCUAGCAACGGGCACGCUGGGCCACCAUAUACAUAAACAAAAAACAUAACCUUCGAAAGACCAAUCUGUUCUUGCAUAAAACUAUCAAAUUGGCCAUGUUGCAGGUUUCAAAUUUUGAUUUCUGUUGAUUCCGAGGUCCCCUGAGACCGAGUGAAGUGUCCCUGUGGUAUGAGUCAAGAACGAGGCACUUCCUGGGCCCAGCGACGUUCUCGAGAGGAAGAACAAUGCUCGCCUGCAGACUGGACCAGAAGCAGUGCCCUCGUAGAAGAGCUGCUCGAAACAGAAACCAGUGUCAUUUCAGACCGAAAUAUGGCAAUUUUGAAAGAGCAAAGACAGACUGGAUCAAUGAUAGACCCUGCACUUAUGAGUGAUGUUCGGCACAAUAAAGACAUUCGUUCGACUAUAAGUUCUGGCAGGUCCCCACCGACUAAUUCGGAAAUUUUCAUGGAAGCCAAGAGAAUGUUAAAAAGGGAAGAAAAGGCAAAGAAGAUUAUUACCAUUCAGAAUAAAAUUGUUGAUAAUGAAGUUGAUCGAUUUCAGAAUCACAUUACAAGCUUGCGCAAAAUGAAUCAAAAACUUGAAAGACUUGCUUUUCCAGCCCCUAACUUGGCAAGAAGAAAGACGAGCAAGGGGCACCUCUUCCAUGUACCUAGUUUGGUGCCCAGUGAUGGUGCUUCUAAAAUACACAGUUUGCAGAAUAAUCAUCUCGACCAUGAUAUAUUAUCAAAAACUAGUGGAAAUGUCACUGUGAUCAAACAAGAUGAUCACUGUAGACAACCCUCUGACCUGAGAAAAAAGUCAAGUUUAGCGAUUUCUGGUCAAAAAAUGGAGGAACAUGAUAUACUUCAACACAAUCCAGCUCUAGUCUACCAGUCUUCAUCUGAAAGUCAAAAUACAGUUUUUGAAAGAAUUCAUCAGAAGUAUAUUGAAUCAGAAAGAAAUCGUGUGUUGAAGGAAGGAGCAGCUUUUAUUAGACACUCUAGUCCAGUUAAUGACGGUGGUGGUCUUGUUACUCAACUAACAGCUACCAAUGCUCCAAAAUUUUUGCCAGUCGCAAAGGAUCAUGUUCAUUUAGCGGAGUGGGUGGAAGAUGCAUCUUGUUCCAGUAAUUUUAAGGAACCUGAUAUUCAGAAAACAGAAGUAUGUAUGGAAGAAUGGACUUUGCCAUCAAAUGGAUGUGAGAUCAAGCAGGCUCCUAAAAGAUUGACUGAUGUUGAGAAAUCAGAAUUAUCAACUAAAACUUUGCCGCAUGCUGCCACUGCAUUGAAGAAAGCUGAGCUAAAUAAAUUAGAAAGCAUGAGUAAAAUGUAUGCCAAGUGGAUGUCAAAAGUUUGUGUAACUCCAGGCACAAAGUACGAACACCUUGGUCCAUGUAAAAGUAAAGUAGAACAGGACAAAGCCAUAGGCCAUAAUUCUAUCUCAAGGGAAGAGAAAAUAAUGCAAGUUUUGCAUGCUAUACAAAAGCAAAAGGAUAACAAAACAAACGUCUCCAUUGAUAUGCAAGCAGAUAAGUCUCGUUUUUCCAAAUCUGUUAAUGAUAUCCGAGAAGAGAAAAUUGAACCAGAGACAAAGUUCAGAAGAGCUAUCAGCGGUUCUUACGAACAUCGAAUCAAAGCCCACAAAGAUCUUAUUUCGCAUCAGAAAGCAAAAUUGGAAGACCAGCAGAAGCAAAUUGAGGAACUGAAAUUGUCGCAACUCCGAAUGGAAAAUGAAAAGUCUCAAAUGCAAGUUAAGAAAACAUUGAAUGAGGUAAUGGAUUCAUGUAAUCAAAAAGUGAAAGCUCAAGCAAAAUCGCUGAAGUCCUCACUAUCCCUAGCCGAUUUAUCUCCUGGAAAUGAUUUUGUACUUCGUAUGGAACAGAGAGCUGUAGAACAGAAACAAAGAAAACUCAUUACACAGGAACGCAGAAAACAGUUGGAGGAAGAGAGGAAAAGGAAGAUGAAAGAAAUGGAAGAAAGAAGGCGUCAAGAGGAGGAAGAACUUGCAAAGAAAAGGCAUGAUGAAGCAAGAGAGAUGCGAAGAAGAGAGAGGGAGUUGAGAGAUGAGACAAGGAGAGAGAGGGAGAAAUUUAUUGCUUUAGAAAGGAAAGCUGACCAAUUUCUGAAAAACAAAAGGUUGAGAUAUGGUCUUUUAGGAUUUAAAAAGCUUGUGAAUCUAAGAAAAGAACAAGAGAAUGUUGCUGUUGAAUUUUAUGACCGCAGUCUCUUGCGUUCUGCUCUAAGAGUAUGGAGAAGAGAAGUUCAUUUAAGACUUGAAGCCAAAAUGGAUUGUGCUGAUAACUUCUUUGCCUCCAAUCUUCUGCAUCGCUGCUUUAAUGCUUUCAGAAUGGCAGUACACGAGAGAAUGAGACGUAUGCAAGUAGCCAUGGACAUGCAUGAUCUUCACCUGCAAGAAAGAUACUUCCAUUUAUGGCUCAAGUUUACCCAUGAACAGCAAGAAAUGGAAGCAGAAAAAAUGGCCAAGGCUGAUCUUUACUUCUCCAAAGUAUUACUGAGAAGGCACCUCCAUCUCUGGAAAAAAUAUCCUGAGGUCGCACAGUUAGAAAGGGAAAAAGAGCGGCGCAAAAUGAUGUGGAGGAACAAAGUUCAACAGCUGCUGCCCGAUUUCCGUCCUGUUUUAGCUUCUGAUUGAUGAGGUUUCAUCUUAAUUUUAUGAGAUGUGUACAAAGAUGUAUUGAGUUGUGAAAUGACUUGCAAAGAUUAUUUUCAGUUACUUUCCACAAAGUAGCAGUAUCAAAUUUUCCCUAGUCAUUAGUUAUAAAAAUAUCUCACACAAGUUGAGUUUAAUUAUUUUGU